AUGAAUACUUUGACACAAUAUCAAGCCAAUUUUGUGUCUAGUGAUGAUAUGAUUGUAUGCAAACCACAUCAGCAACAAACGUGCCUUGCUUGCGGGACCGAUUGGAUAGAGCAUAACCAACUUGCUGCAUCCCUCAAAAACCUCAAGGAGAUACCACUGCCCAACAAGCCCGUACCCAGCAAAACCAACGCAUCCGUCAACAAACUGAAACUGAAUGGUAAUCAAGCUUACAAAUUGGAGCAUUAUGAAGAGGCUGUCGAAUUGUAUACAUCCGCUGUUGAACUGGCAUGGAGUCGACCUUUAUGGGAGCCAUUAGCGUUUCAAGCGGUCAGGGAAGAACUAGUACCUAUUUUAAGUAAUCGAUCAGCAGCCAAUUUGGCCUUGAGCAACUAUGUGGAUGCUUUAGUAGACGCUCAUAUUGUAACACAACUGAAAAACGAUUGGAGUAAAGGGUGGUUCAGAAAAGGAAAAGCUUUGAUGGGCUUGCAAAGAUUUGAUGAAGCCGGCAAGGCGUUCCAUACAGCUUUGCUUUACACGGAUGCGAAUGAACGAGAGGGUCUAAUGGAAGCUAUCAAAGAGUGUUCUACAGCAGCUAGGAAUGCGUAA